AUGCCCCCACGCCAGAAGUCGCUUCGCAUCCUCUGCUUCGGCGACUCCCUCACGCAGGGCUUCUUCUCCUUCGGCAUGGGCGAGCACCCGUACUCGUCCCGGCUGGCCGAGCGCCUCCGCGCAGCGCUCCCCGAGGGCAUGAACGUCGAGAUCCGCACGAGCGUAACGGCGAGGCCCUAUGACUGGGUGAUUACCCUGGGUGGCACCAAUGACAUCGCCAUGGGGUGCCAUGUCGACGACACGUUCAAGUCAUUGCGGAAUAUAUGGCAGCUAGCCCUCUCGCGCCGCUGCAACAUCCUCGCCAUGACCGUUCCCGAGACGCAUGGCGACUUUGCGAUGAUCGAGCGCAAGCGCGCCGACCUCAACGGGCGUAUUCUCAGCUACGAAGCCGAAAACUACUAUGCGUUUGAUCUCCACGCCAAGAUCCCGUACAAGGCCCUAAAUUACAACCAGCGCCAGGCCUACUGGGACGACGGCGUGCACCUCACCGAGGAGGGCUACGACUGGAUGGGGGACCACGUCGCAGACGCGUUGAUCCCGCUCAUAAUCGGCACGGACGCAACUAAGUUUGAGGAGGAGGAGGAGGUCCCCAAGAAUAUCAGCAGAGGCUACGUCGUGGUGCGAAAGCAAGACCUGGACUAG